AUGGAUGAUGAUGAUGAUGGUGAUAGAGUUGAAGAGGAACAGGAGGCAACAGACCAGAUUGAUGCCGAUGAUGUUGAUAACACUCCAACCACAACUACAACUACAACUACAACUACCUCGGUAGAAGAACCAAUGUUGAUAGAUGAUGACAGUGAUGUUACCAACACAACUACAACAUCAACAACAACUACAACUUCAACAUCAACAACAGAGACAACAUCAACAGUAGUGGAAGGUGAUGAUAAUGAUGAUGAUGAUGAACUCACAGAUAAUGGGAUAAUAGUUGACUUUACAACACAAUAUACACAAUCACAACGUAUCAAACAAUACAUCACAAAUGGCAAGCAAUGUCACUCAUACUAUGAUAGGAUGCAGGCAUUGUUGGCAAAAGAGACGGAUAAUGGCAACAGUAUAGAGAGUGUAAUACGCUCACGUCUAACAGAUGAACUAAAGAAGAACAUUGUUACAUUAAACCAAGAUAUAAAUCAACUUCAGAACGAUAUAAAGACACUUAGAGAGUCUAAUGACGAUACACCAUCGACACCAUUCAGUGGAACACAUGCAAGUGAGUCAGAGGACCAUCUGCCUUCACCAUCGAUUAUAAAGACACCAAUGACUCCAUUGGUAAAGAGUGAACCACAGUCGAUACCAAGCACACCAGUGUCCUCGGUGGAGGACGAGGAAGCGCGUCGCGAGGAGGACAUCAAACGCUUCCGCAAGACGAUAAUGGUGUCGCUGGCCAAGGCCUUAAAGUCGAUCAACUCACAUCGCUACGCGCCAAUCUUUGACCAUCCAAUCACACGCGAUGAAGCACCUGACUAUGACCGUGUGAUCAAACAUCGCAUGGACUUGGCGACGCUCAAGAAGUACCUGGACGAGGGUCGCUAUCAGAACUGUGGCGAGUUCAACAACGACCUGAUGCUCAUCUUUAACAAUGCAUGCGAGUACAACGAGGUCAACUCUGAGAUUUACAACUGCGCCGUGUCCAUGCGCAAGUACGCUGAGCGUGAGAUGGAGAUAGUGUUCACCGAGGAGAUGGUCUCCAACCCGGUGGCAUCACUACGAGGCAGUCGCUCGUCUGUGGCGCCCUCACCAAUCAUUCGUGGACGCAAGACACGUGCUGGAUCCACACCCAUGCGAUCAGAUCCCACGACACCAGUGAACGAGUCCGAGGAGGAGGUGGUCAAUGAAGAGUCGCCCUCGCCUCAAACACCAUCACAGGCCACGGCCAAGCCCAAGGGACGUGGUCGUGGUCGCGUGGCCAAGCAGCCAGCCACGCCUCAGGAGGUGGUCGUGGCGGCGCCCAAUAAGAAGAUAAUCAAACGACAAAAGACUAGUCGAGUGGACGAGCGAUCAACUGCAUCGUCUGACGAAAGCUAA